AUGGCUACUGCUACCAUGACCCAGACCAAGACGGUCCAGCGCGAGUUCAACGAAGCUCCCAAACUCGACCCCAAGACCACUGUUCACGCCAUUCCGCCUUGCGUUGUCCACGACACUCCUGUUCUCAAUGUUCUAGACGAGUCAGUGCACUAUGGCGACUUCCGCGAUGGAGUCGUUGAGAAGGAAAAGGCUCUCAAGUAUGCCGACGACAUCAAGGACUGGCUCGAAGGUUUCGGGCUUGGCUACGACCGCAAUGACCCUUCCACCAUCCGCGAAGAGUGCCUGCCCAUCAUUCACCAAAAGGGUCUCCUUCAAGCAUACGGUGCUACUCACGAGUCUUUCACAUGGGCUGUCCGCUCUGAGCCUGCUGUCAUCGAUACCUUUGCCAAGCUCUACCAGGACGAGGAUCUUAUCUGUUCCUUCGAUGCUGUCAAUGUCUCGCUGGCCAAUCGUAAGGAUCUGCCCGCCAACGGUGCAUGGCCUCACCAAGAUCAAGACCCAGAGCGUGGUGGUCUGCGCUGCGUCCAGGGUUUCGUCAACCUCCUGCCUAACGGCCCUGAAGAUGGUGGUCUCCUGGUGCUGAAGGGUGGCCACAAGGUCAGCGAGGAGUACCACAACGUUUUCAGAAACGAGCACCGCGAAUUCAGAUGGACAAACGAGAUGUACCUCUUCAAGGAGACUGGUCUCAAGUGGUUGGCAGACAGAGGUCACGAAUGGGUCAAGGUUGACGCUGAGCCUGGUGACCUUGUUCUUUGGGACUCUCGCUGCCCUCAUUACAACGCAUCGCCCAAGAAGGACACUGACAGAUUUGUUGUCUACGUUUGCAUGUUGCCAGUCUCAACAGCAACACAGGAAGACCUGAAGCGUAAGAAGGAACUUUUCGAGGAGCAGCACGGUCACAGCCAUUGGCCUAUGGCUCUUCAGCCUUUCAUCAAGGCUUACUUGGAGCCAAUGCGCGAUGGCAAGCCCGAUCCCCACAACACAUGGAAGCCUCGCCAGGCACCACAACUUAGCGAGAGGGGCUACAAGCUCACUGGUAUUCCCUACAUCAAGGCUUGA